UUAGUUAUUUUGAUUAGAAAGUAAAGAUGAGGGAAAUUAGAAGCGCGCUAAUGUCAAGUUUCCUUUAUUGGUUUUGAAAACUUUUUCAAAACCCCGACUUUUUCACGUCACAGUUCACCGGGGAGAGAGGGCAUUGCCGUUCUCAAGAGAUCAUGCUUUCCUUUCUCUCAUAUUUUCGCAUAAAAGUCACCAGCUUUAAUAUCCAGGAGAAAGACACAUCCCGCUGCGUCUCAUUGGGGUGGUCUUUCAAAUUAUUCCACUGUAAAUGACAGUGUUAAUGAACUGAUAAGUAUCUUGCUUACAGAAGCGUAUCUUUCUGCUUCAGGCGGUCUUCAUCCGGAUUCCAAUGACAAUGAAGAUCCUUGUUAUGAUUCAACUGCUGUCGUAUCUCUUUCUGGCCGCGAGAGCUUGCACCGAGAUUCGAGUGAAGGCCGAAGAUAACACAGUAGUCGUCGGCCGAACCAUGGAGUUUAUGAUCAGCCUCGUGUCGGACAUCAUAGUGGAACCUAAGGGGUACUCCCGUACUGCAGCUCUACCAGCGAACUGCGCUAGUCAUCCAACUCCCUUGAAGUGGCAACACAAGCACACCGUCGCAUACUUGAAUGCUUUUAAACUGCCAAUUGGUGCAGAUGGAAUGAAUAGCGCUGGGCUGUCAGUGGGUUGUCUUCUGUUUCCUGGCUUUGCCAAAUUUCAGGAUGUCCCAAUCGACAAAUGUGGAAUGGCGAUUUCCCAGCUCGAGUUUGCCCCUUGGCUUCUGGGAAACUUCGCAACGGUCAAGGAAGUGCGUGAGGCGCUCAAGAUGGAAUCGUUUCCGCUGGUUUUUGAUAAAAAGCUUCUGCAGCACACCUUCGAACUGCACUACUCAGUGAUAGACAAAACUGGCGAAAGCAUCAUUAUCGAGUUCACAGACCAGGGAAGAAAAAUCCAUGAGAACCCCUUGGGUGUGAUGACCAAUUCUCCUCCUUACGACUUCCACAUGCUGAAUUUUCGUAACUACGUUCAACUCUCCAAGUACGCUCACGAGGACUUUGUUUUGGGUGGAACUCAGUUCAAACCUCUGGGUGAGGGUAGCGGUCUCCUUGGAAUGCCUGGUGACUUGACACCCACUUCAAGGCUGGUACGUGCUGCCACUUUGGCAAACUUCGCUGAUCCAGUCAAAACAGGCGCCGAGGCCGUCAACUUGGCUUUUCACGUCUUGAAUUCGGUUGACAUCCCUAAAGGUGUGGCUUGUCACGAGAAACAACAACGCUUUGCAGACUACACCUCCUGGAAAGUGGCUAAGGACCUCACGAACAACGCUCUCUACUACCACGACUAUAACGAUCUAACUAUCCGUGUGGUGUACCUGGACAACGUGCAGGCAGGGCAAAGGCUCAAAAUCAAGGUCGAAGCACAUGAGGUUGGAGGGUUUAAGGAUGUCACCGGUGACCUGACACCUGCUGAAGCCGCACACACCGAACUGUAAGACGGACUUCAGCAACGCGUGUUAGCCUUAAAUCUUAACCGAAUAAAGAACUGAACGAACUGAAAAAAGAAUCACGAGAAAUGAAAUUAAAAAGGUUGCAAUGAUUUCUGUCACCACAUUAGCUUAGGAUAUUAAAAACGCAGUGUGAUCGGGGCAUAGCCCCUAGAACUUUAGUGAAAUACUAAUUUUUUAGUCCACUUUAGUUGAAUGGCAGUCGAGAAUAUGGUGAAUAUUGUAGUUUCGUCGUUUGAGAAGCGCAUUACAAUUAAUCGUUUGUAGUUACUGACAAUCUUACAAUAAAAACUUGCAGCAGAAUUCGUUGUUAGCA